AUGAGUUAUGACAGUGAUGAAGUUGAGAUAUUGAUGAGUAACACAAGUGUGCAAGGUGGUGUGAAUUUAGAAGAUGUGAAUUUAGAAGAUGUUGUGAAUAUGAAAGAUGGAGUCCAAGUGGAAGAUGGAGCCAAUGUGGAUGGAAGAGCCAAUGUCAUUUCCUCGUCGAGUAGUGGUCCUUCGGAGCCAUUCAUUGUAGACUAUGUAUGCACAAGAGAAGGAUUUCGGCGAGUAAGUUGGAAAGAACAAGAUCGAACUAUCCCUGAACCAGCUGAGACGAAAAUUGGAUGUAAAGCAAUAAUGGGAAUAAAAAAGGAUGGUGAAAAGUGGAUAGUCAACAAAUUUGUGGUUGGACAUAACCAUAUUUUACUUAUACCUAGAAGUACUAGUUUUCUUCGUGGACACAUGGGAGUUACUAAAGUCCAGAAAAAGCUUAUUAUGACUUUGAAUGAGUCCGGUGUACCGAUAAGAAAGAUUAUGUCGGUCAUGAGUAAAGAAUCUGGUGGUGACUUUAAUGUUGGUUGUAUUGGCAAGGAUGUUGAAAAUUACGUUGGAAACAAAAGGAGAAAAGUUUUUGAAGAAGGAGAUGCACAAAGGUUAUAUUCUUAUUUUGUUGAUCGACAACUCAAAGAACCUGGGUUUGUUUUCUCCAUACAAGUUGACAAAAAUGGGUGUAUGGAAAGUUGUUUUUGGGCUGAUGUGCGAUCAAGGGCUGCAUACUAG